CAGUGCGAGCGCAAUUCGUAGAAGAACAUACUUUUCCGAGGAGGAAAUUCGAUCUGUUCAGUUCUUAGUUUUGCUUUCAUUGACAAGUUCAUUACAGAAAAAUGGCAAAUGAUCGUUUAGAUAUGGUAAUAUUUGCCGCCACUGGACAUACUGGAAAAUAUGUAGUGAAAAAUGCAAUCCAUGUGUGUAAAGAUCAGAAAAUGAAAUUCGGUAUUGCUGGUCGUAGGAAAGAAGCUUUAGACGCAAUUGUUAAGGAAUUUGCCUCAGAUAUUGCGGAUGUGCCUGUUAUUCUGGCUGAUGUUAAAAAUGAGAAAUCUCUCAAGAAAAUGACGGAGCGAGCAAAGAUACUUGUCAAUUGUUGUGGUCCAUACAGAUUUUAUGGAGAACCCGUUAUCAAAACAUGCAUUGCUACUCGUACUCAUUAUGUUGAUGUCGCUUUUGAAGAACAGUUUAUGAUUGAAAUGGAAUUAAAAUAUAACGAAGCAGCAAAAGAAGCUGGCAUCUACAUAGUAAGCGCUUGCGGCUUGGAUUGUAUUCCUAGUGAGUUGGGAGUUAUUUUUACGCAACAGAAAUUUGAAGGAGAAAUGAAUGCUAUUGAAAUAUAUAUGAGCAUGUGGUUAAGUCCUACUGAGAAGAUAGGUCCGAUUUGCAAUUAUGGAACUUGGCAAACUUUUGUACACAAUCUGGCUCAUAUAAAGGAACUACUUGCAUUACGCAAAAAAUUAUAUCCUAUCAAGUUGCCUGAGUUCGUACCGAAAUUAAAAUCAAGACUACUGCACCGAAGCGAUGUUUCUGAAGGAUGGUCCUUACCAUUUCCGAGUAUCGAUCGUUCAGUAGUUCUUCGUACACAGCGAUUCUUAUAUGAGAAAUAUAAAGAAAGGCCUGCGCAAGUUCAAUUUUAUGUUACAUUGAAAUAUUUCUUCGAAAUCCUGAUAUUAGCCAUUAUCGGUAUGUUUAUGUUUGUUUUGUCUUGCACAGCAUGCGGUCGUAAUUUACUUCUAAAAUAUCCGACUCUGUUUUCAUUCGGUAUCAUAAGCUCGAAUCCGGAACUGCUGAAACCGACAUAUUUUUCUGUUACGUUCAAUGCUAGUGGAUGGACUGAAAAAUUGGCUGGACCUAUCGAUAAACACAGAGAUCCACCUAAUAAAAAAGUAGUCACUAGAAUGUCUAGUGAUUCUCCCGGAUAUGAAUUGACUAGCAUCGCAAUGAUCCUAUCGGCAGUAACAAUCCUUAACGAAACUGACAAAAUACCUGACAACGGAGGAGUACUUACUCCAGGUGCUGCGUUUGGUAAAACAUCUCUGAUCGAGAAAUUGAUAAAACAUAAUAUUAAAUUUGAGGUGAUAUCAUCUACGGAGAAAUAAAAAUAAGAAAAUU